AAGGAUUGACAAUGAGAAGAAGAGAGGAGAGCACGAAUAUCAAUCGUGUUUCCCGGAACCGAAGGUAACAGCGCAAACACAAACACUCGUCUCUUCCUCCUCUCUUAGCAAUCACAAAAACCAAAAAUUCCGAUCAGAUCUCACCGACAUCUGAUCGAAUUUGCGUGGUUUUUAUUAUGAUAAGCAGAUGGAAAGGGAGAGGUUGAAUGGUGAUGGCAAUUGGAAUUACAACUACACUAAAUUUGGGAAUGAUUAUUAUUAUUAUUACGGUAAGCAAGAGGAUGGAGAGGAGGAGGUGGUGGCGGAGGUAGAUCCACUCGGUCUAAACUGUAAUGGUGUUGGCGGUGGUAAACACAAGAAUCAUUUUCUAAUGACAACCGCCAAUUCUUACCCCUUUCCAUCGUCAUCAACGAUUAUGACAUCGCCAAUGUCAACACCUUCUCCGCCACUCCCUGGCGGUGUUGGCUUCAUUGAACAUCCCGUUUCUAAGUUGGAUACUCUUGCCGGCGUCGCCAUCAAGUACGGUGUUGAGGUGGCUGACAUUAAAAAAAUGAAUGGUCUGGUCACGGAUCUACAAAUGUUUGCUCUCAAGUCACUCCAGAUUCCAUUACCUGGAAAGCAUCCACCCUCCCCUGGCUUAUCAAAUGGUUCUAAUACCUUUAGACAUAAUACCUCUCAACAGACCCAUUCUGAUCUCUUUGAUUCAUUUCCAUCCUUGAGACUUAAUUCUUCACAACGGAAGGUUUCUUCAGCCAUGAGCUCUUUACAAGGUUAUUAUGGGCUCAAGUCAGAAACUGAAACAGGGCAUUCCCAAGGUUUUGAAAUGGCAGACUAUAGACAAGGAGAUUCUCACUAUCUUGAACCAUCACCAGCUUCAAAUACACCAUUGAGCCACCAUCGGAAAUCCAGGAGCUUAGCUAAUGGUUUUAGAGAUGAAAAUAAUGGAGUGGCUGACGACCAGCUUAUUGACGAAGAAAGAGAAAGUGACACAGGGAAAUGGAUAGAGAAAUUGCUUAGAAGGCGUCAGAAGUCUGAUGCUGACUUUUCUUCCAGAUAUCCUGAAAUGCUUAUGAGAGAGGAUACUGUUGCAGGUGUAAGUUCAGCUAUCACAGGAAAGAGCUUAGCUUUGAGAUCCAAAGCAGCAAGUCGAACUGCGUCGCCACUUGAUGCUGAAGCAGGUGGUUUGACCCCCGUAGGCAUGGGCGAUUCUCUUCUGAGUGGUGGAUUUUACAGUGUAAGGAAGUCAUCAAGCACAUCAAGCUUAAAUGAUCAGGACAACGGCAAUUCUUCCAUCUGGCCAACGUCCAAGUGGAGUUUGACGUCAGAUUUACAAGCCCUUUCAGCUGCAGCCAUAGCAAGACCAAUCUUUGAUGGAUUGCCAAAACCAAUAACUGGUCGAAGAAACAAAACGGCACUUGAUUAGCUAUCUCUUAUUAUAAGAAAUCCAUUUUUGAUUCUGAUCUGCAUUUUGGCAGGCACUGCAUAGCUAGUACACAAAAGGGUAAAUAGAAAAUAGACUGGAAAAAUGUCAAAAGUAACCACCCUAGUUUAAUACGAGAGAUGUUCCUAUAUACAGGAAAGUAAAAAAGAAAAUUUAUUCAAUUUGUAUAAUUUAUUCUGGACUGUCCAAGUCCAUAUUGGAAACGUGGAGGCAAUAAUGCAGAUUAAAUAAUGCAUUGAUUGAUCUUAUAUUCC